GACAGAUCGACACUCACAACCUCACAAUAUUCCAUGUACAAAUACUAUUUUGUUGUUAUGUUACACUACGAUAUAUAACGUAUUUGUGAAGAUACUAUAUGUCGUCGGUAAAGUCGACACUCCUGAUGUGCCGACCUGUGUGAAAUCGUCAACAAGAAGAACAAGCAUUUAACCAAUACACUUCCAGGUCUACCAUAGUUAUGGGUAACUGUGUAUGUUGUAAAGUGUGCGAAGAUGACGCCAAGGCCGAGGCUAGUCCGUCAGAAAGGGAGCCGUUACUUAGCGAUCGUGAUCAGCGAGAAAAUUCAAGAGGAAAGCAGCCUGAUGUCAAAACUGCUGCAGGAACGUCAACAAGCCCUUACCAGUCUGCAGCUGAAAGGCAUGGAAAACUUAAAAGCGCUGUGACGGGAACAGAAGGGCUUCUGGCUCACGCAAAACAAUUAGCGUCGACGACAAAACAGUUUACUAGUGAAAGUGACAAGGAAGGUACUAAACAAAAACAAUCCUAUCUCAGGAAACUAAAAACCAAGAAGAGAAAAAUACCGAGUUACGCGCAUGACAAUGAUGACUCCACCGAUGACGAUGAAGGCAGUAGCAAUGAAAUGCAACCUAGCACAGAACAGAUUAUUGGUACGAAUGUACAGGAGUUCAGUAAACAAAAACUAGGCAUAUGGAAGAAAAUGAAGAGAAAACUUUAUAAAAAAGACGAAGAAGAUAGUGAUAUUGAGAACACAUCAGCGCCGGAAACUUCACAACAGUCUGUCGGUGAAAGCAGUAAACGGACAAAAGGCAGAUUACGAUUGUGGAAUAAAAAGAAGAAAAAACGAAAGAAGCAAAAUAAAGAUGGUGAAAAUUCAACAGCUCAUGCUACCGGAGUAAGUAACACUGAUACGUCACAUGCUGCCCAGGAUUUGAAUGAACCCAGUCAGUUAUUUGCUGAAAUGAAGACCACUGAAGAUGACUAUGAAGACAGGUUAGAACAGGCACAGACAGACGUAGCUGAAUUGUUAUUAAAUACAAAACAGAUUGCCAAGAAAUUAGAGAAAUGGUCUUAA